UCGUAAAUAAGACCGGCAUUGUGCAGCUUGCGAUUUUGCAUCUGUUUCGAGCUAUUUUCUUAAACAAUUGAUGAUGAAAGCUAUAAUACAACGUGUUGCCUUUGCGAAAGUGACGGUUGGUGAUGAAGUGGUAAGCUCGAUCGGCCGUGGCCUUUGCGUGCUGGUAGGCAUUUCGUCCAAUGACAAUGCAAACGAUGUGGAGUGGAUCGCACGGAAGAUACUCAAUUUACGGCUAUUCGAUGAGCAAACCAGUGGGAAAAGAUGGACCGAAUCGGUCGUAGAUCAACAGUUGGAAAUACUGUGUGUCAGUCAGUUCACUCUGUACCAUCGGUUGAAAGGAAACAGACCGGAUUUCAGCCGUGCCAUGCAGGGACCGGAAGCACAGCAGCUGUACGGAUCGUUGUUAAAGCAGCUGCGCGAACAGUACUCUGCGGAGCGUAUACGGGAUGGUCGAUUUGGAACGAUGAUGCAGGUACACAUCCAAAAUGAUGGACCAGUUACGCUGGAAAUCGAAUCACCCGAACAAAGCGAACAAGAGCGCCAAAAACUGCAACGAUCACUGGAGCAUAAAGCAAAAUCGGUUGGAAAACCCGCCAGAGAAGCAAUGGAAAGCGAUAAAGUAACUGAGAGCAAACAUACCAAAGCACAAUAAAAGCAAAACGGCUGGUUAUAUGAUACAGUCUUUUCCCGAGAAACGCGAAUAAUUUAAAGAAUAAUGGAUUUUGUCCCGGUACUGACGUAUGAAAAUCGACGCUGCUUCCAAAUACAUAAUUGGGC